GCAUAGAGAGUUUCAGAUACGAGGGCGCCAAGACCGAGGCCGAGCCUUGGCCAAGCCUUGGGCCCCCUCGGCGGCAAUGCUCGGCGGCCGGGAGAGGGCAGCAGCGGCGGCACCUUCCUCGCCUCGCCCCGGGAACAAGCGCAAGAUGAGCAGUUCAGAGGAAGUGUCGUGGAUUGCCUGGUUCUGUGGUCUUAGAGGAAAUGAAUUUUUUUGUGAGGUGGAUGAAGAUUAUAUACAGGACAAAUUCAACCUAACAGGACUCAAUGAACAGGUGCCACACUACCGUCAGGCGCUUGACAUGAUUCUUGACCUAGAGCCAGCAGAUGAGGAAGAAGAAAUACCCCACCAGAGUGACCUCAUAGAGCAGGCAGCAGAAAUGCUGUACGGCCUCAUCCAUGCUCGAUACAUCCUCACAAAUCGCGGCAUUGCACAGAUGAUUGAGAAAUAUCAAGCGGGUGAUUUUGGUCACUGUCCCAGAGUCUACUGUGAAAACCAGCCCAUGUUACCUAUUGGACUAAGUGAUGUGCCUGGGGAAGCCAUGGUGAAGCUGUACUGCCCCAAGUGUUGUGAUGUGUACACCCCCAAGUCCUCCCGCCACCACCAUAUUGAUGGGGCUUACUUCGGCACCGGGUUCCCCCACAUGCUCUUCAUGGUUCACCCAGAGUACAGGCCCAAGAGACCUGCUAAUCAAUUUGUACCACGUCUUUAUGGCUUUAAGAUUCAUCCAAUGGCCUACCAGAUCCAACAACAAGCAGCUGCUAAUUUUAAAGCACCAAUGAGAGCCAUCAAUUAUAAUAAUGGUAAACGUUAACUAGUGUGUUAUGAUGUUAGGAGUGAAAGUGUGAUAGUUCUUUUUUUUUUUUUUUUUUUUUUUAUUCUUUCAGUCUUGUAGACAAGAGAUCAUAUAUCUUCAAUAAAGAUUACCUCAAAGAGCAGGCUUGAUUCAGCAUAAAAUAUCCUGUUAGUGCUUACCAUCAUAGUGAAAUUUGAUUCCUUGCUGACUUAAAACUACUAUUGGGAUUCAAAGUAAAUUCACCUGAGGUUGGUGUUGGUCAUGAAGGUACUUAAUACAGGUCUUCUGGAAUAUAUGGUACAUUUGCAUCAAGGAACUGGCCAGUGCAAUUAAUUGAGGAAAUUAUGUACCUCAUUUUUUUAAUGUACGUGUUAGCAUUUUCUAGGAGUGCCACAACUGAAGCUCACAAGGUAUAUAAAAUGUUGAACCUGAAUCAUGUUGUCUCCUAAUGCUUUCACAACACAUAUAUAUAUCAUCACAGCCCUUGCACUUAAGAGGGCCAGGUGACUCCAUGGCAAUAUUUGCCAUAUUCACAAAGAGGGCCAGGUGACUCCAUGGCAAUAUUUGCCAUAUUCACAAAGACAUUUACAUUUCAUUUCGAUCAUCAAUUUCAAGAUAGGCAUAACCCAAGCAGGGUUAUACAUGGAGUUAGCAAACUUGGAGAUUGUUUAAUCUUUUUCUCUUCUUUAAUUAUUGUUACAUUUUACUUUGACCACUGAUUUCGGCAUCUAUGAUUUUACAGUAAUUGUGUAAAUUCAUCUUGGCACAUUUUCUUUACGAAGGUGCUUUUCCUGCUUUCUUCACUGCCAUUUUGGAAAUAAAGGAAAGGGCAAGCUUGUAAACAAGGGGAGUAUCUUUUUAGUUCAGCAAUAUUUGGCAUAGUAAAAAUAAGGGCAAUUUUUUGGUACAUACUUGUAUAUAGAAUGCAGUGUCUGAUCUCACUUUAAUGCUUUGGUAUUUAACUUGAACCUUUUAGCUAUAUUAUAACGUAUAGUGAUGAUCAGUAUACAGUAGCCAUCAUCUUGGUAUGAUGAAUAGUGUCCCCUGAAAUUUGACAGUUUGUUGAAUGCCCAGUGAGAUGUAAAUGAAUAUCACUACCAUCAGAACAUUUUCAACUUAAACCAUACAGAUUAUAUAACUUUAUUGUAGUCAUAAACUCCUUUGUAAUCCUACUUAUUAGCAUGUUGAAAUGUGUGGACCCCAAGUAAUGCAACAUUUCUUGUCAUAAGGCAGAGAACAUCAAGGCCUCACAUUAGGUGCUCAUUGACUGUGCUGAUUGUCACCUUAGAUUAUAUUGGUUUGAUCACUUUUAUUAUGGUUGGAAACCUUUUAUCAUGGUAGUAUGCAUUGUUGCACAGUAAGUACAUAGUGCCAGAUUUUGUUGAUUAUAGAGUGGGAUAUUUUAUACAUUGAUAUUCUCAUCUCACUUUUUAGAUCAUUUUGCAUACUUUAUAACAGUGGCUCCCAACCAGGGGUCCAUAGAGAUUCUAAUUAUUUUUAAAUUUAUUAUACUGGAAUUAGGAGACAUGUUGCUCAAAAUAAAAUUCAUACUACUGUUCACAAUCCUUAAAACUGAAUGCUUAAAUGCUGCAAUUGCUCUACAUUAGCUAACAGUACCAGGGGUGUCAAACUCACGGCCCUUUGGAUGGUGAUGAGUGGCCCACGAGAUGUUGGUGGUCCAUAGGUGAGAAAGUAAAUGGAAAAGGGGGAAUGGGACAAAAAUGGUUGGGAACCACUGCUUUGUAAUCAUACCUUCAUCACUUACUGUUUGCCCAUUGUUCAUGUUAGUCCACUCCUUCAGUUUUCCUCUUAUUAUUCAGCCAAACUGAUGAAUCUGCCAAAGAUUGUCUCGCAAUAUAAUGUAAUUACUACAACAUUUAAAUCACCAUCUGUGUACCUUUCACAAUAUUUUCUAUUUCCUCAGUGGAAAGUAUGUGAAAAUUCAAGCAAUGAUUGGUCAGAAGGUUCGUUUUGAGAUGAUUUACCGUAUAUCAAGGGAGACCUGUAUACAGACAGCAUUGGGAGCCCUUCAGCACAAGGGUUUUCCUUCACAUUCCAAACAAGUCUGUAACCUCCUCUCAUUUGGGCAGAUCAAUGGAAACUAUUUUCUCCCUGCUGUUACGUGAAGCAUAUUGCUAAUACCAUAUCCGUUAUUCAUGGUAUUUAUGAAGUGUAAGUUAAGUAUUAGGGUAUGUCUUAUAAUAAAAUGUAAAUACAU